CGCUCCCGUCCGCGCCUUCUGAGCACCACAGCCCCCGUCCAUGACCUCAUCGGCCCAUCAGACCCGCUGUCCAACCUCCGCCCCGUCAUCUACACCGACGGCCCCUCGUCCUCGUCCUCGUCCUCGCCUUCGCCAUCGCCCCCCGCCAUCCGCCGGCACCCGUACUCCCUCACCGAGUUCCGCCUGCGCACCAAAGCCCCCGGCGCACGGGAGGUCGGGCCCGGCGCCGAGCCCGCCCUCGCCUACCGGUGGCGCCUGCAAAAGCAGCAGCUCGACGCGUUCAACCACGCCUUCUGGGCAGACAGCAACGCCCGCUUUGACGCCUCGCUCGCCUCCGCCGUCGCCGGCACCGCCCCCUCCUCUCCUCAGCACGAGCGCGCCCUCAACGCCUUCUACGGCCGCUGGGUCCACGCCGAGGCUGUCCGCCAGGAAGAGUACAACCGCGAGUGGCGCCGCCGCAGCGUGGAGGAGAUCAAGCUCGCGUUUCGCGUCUCAUGGCAGCGGCUCCUUGCUCGGUUUACAGCC